CGAUUUGUUGGACCAACAAACCAAGCUAAGUGACCAUCAUGAACACCAUGUCAUUUGGAUCAUUUCACGCAAAGCACUUCAAUCCAGAUGAAGUGCUGCGCUGGAAGAACUUUAUUUUUGGAGGGCAUGCAAUGCCAGUGAAUGCCUAUCCAACCACAGACGCAUACUACAGUUAUCCCGCAACGGAUGCACAAGGUUACUACGCCGACAGCGAUCAUGGAAUACCGCAGACCCAUGCGCCAAAUUCAGAAUACAUAGAGACGUUUGACAUACCAAAAGGAGAAGAAGAUCAAGUGAUUCAGGAAGGAGAGCAAGAGGAAGUUUACGAAGAAGGAGAAGAAUACGGAGAAGACGACGAGGAAGAAAUGGUCUACCACGGAACGCUGAGUAAAGAAGCAGUUGAGAUCUUCCGAUUUUCGGAAGCUUAUCGCAAAGAACGCUUUGGACAGGGAAAAUGAAGUUCAAGAAGAAUCUUGUGAAGAGUGGCUCUACAACGAAUCCACGGUACCAUAUCGUAACGGCUUGGAAGCCCCGGC